GAAAUGUGGAAGUCGGUAUUAUUUGUGCUUCGGGAGGUCCAUGAUCAAGGGCGUGGACCCUCUUCAGCAGCAGGUUUGAUAGAAAUAAUGGAGAGCUUCAAAUUUGCUUUCACCUUGAAUCUUAUGUUAAAGUUGCUUGAUAUCACUAAUGAGCUAUCUCACAUCUUACAAAGAAAAGACAUCAACAUUGUUAAUGCCAUGGAAUUAGUUGGUGAUGUCAAAUCUCGGUUGGCCUCUAUGAGAGAAAGUGGAUGGGAGGAUUUCUUUGAUGAAGUGAAACUUUUUUGUGCUGCCAAUGGUAUUCCGGUGCCUAAUAUGGAUGAACGAGUACCUGUUCGUGAUCUUGAAGGUCUGGCUUCAAAGAUGGUUGAAACCGAGAAACAUUUGGUUUUUCCGUUGGUCUACAAACUCAUGGAGUUGGCUUUGUUAUUGCCGGUCUCAACAGCAUCGGUUGAGCGAGCAUUCUCAGCAAUGAAGAUUAUCAAGUCUAAAUUGCGCAAUAAGAUGAACAAUGUAUGGUUUAAUAACUUGAUGAUUUGCUACACCGAGCGAGAGAUUUUCAAGGAUCUAGAGGAUGAUGCUAUUGUUAGACGAUUUCAAGCCAUCAAGGAUCGGAAAGGAAAAUUGCCUAGGCCUAAUUAG